UUUCACUCUUCACUCCCGCGAGGCGGCCACGUGAUGCGUCUGUGCGUGUAGCCGUGACGUCAAGUCUCGCGUGAUGAGAGUCAUGUUGUCGGGAUUUUGUGAAUGACAGGAAUUGGAAGAGUGUGUCUUGUAGUAAAGAGCUUUGCCGAAGGUGAUGUAAAGGAUUCCUGUCACAGGGAAUGGCUUCAACACAUCUUGGGCACAAGGACUGGUAUAGUAUUUUGGGGGCAAAGCCGAGUGACACUCAGACAGAACUGAAGCAGAAGUAUCAGAAGCUUGCUUUAUUGUACCAUCCAGAUAAGCAGAGCGCCGACGUGAUUGGCCGGCAAGCUGAGGAAGGCGCACACAGGUUCAUCGAAAUCAAUCAAGCAUGGAAAAUCCUAGGGGACGAGGAGGCAAAGAAGGCGUAUGACUUGGAGCAGCGUGAAUCUGAGUUGACGAGGAUGUGGCCAGUUGACAAUCAGGUUCACUUAGAAGAUCUGUCAUGGGACCCUGAGGAGAUGCUCUACUCCUUCCCGUGCCGAUGUGGUGGAAGCUACACAAUGACUGAAAGUGACAGAAACGAAGUCUCACUCAUCAACUGCGAUUCCUGCUCCUUGAUAAUCGAAAUCCUAUAGGAAUUAGGUAGCGCUUUCCAAAUUAUAUAUAUAUUUAUUGUAAACUUUGAUAGUAUUCAGUUAAUGUUUUUUGUAUACGGCAUCCCUCUUGAGCAGAGGUGUCAAACUUAAUAAAACAAAUACAGUUUC